AUGUCGACCGACUUGACGGGAGAGCAAAUGCAGGCCAAAAUCACGGCUGCGAGAAGAGAAGCGGAGGGUCUGAAGGACAGAAUCAAGCGCAAGAAGGAUGAUUUGGCAGACACCAGCUUGCGACAAGUCGCCCUCAACAAUACCGAAGCCUUGCCACGGAUAGGCAUGAAGCCUCGACGGAACCUCAAAGGCCAUCUCGCCAAAAUCUACGCCAUGCAUUGGUCGACCGAUCGCCGGCAUUUGGUCUCGGCCUCUCAAGACGGCAAGCUCAUUAUCUGGGAUGCCUAUACCACCAACAAAGUCCACGCCAUUCCCCUGCGAUCCUCCUGGGUCAUGACCUGCGCCUACGCUCCUAGCGGCAACUACGUUGCCUGCGGUGGUCUGGACAACAUUUGCUCAAUCUACAAUCUCUCCACCCGGGAAGGUCCCACACGCGUUGCCCGCGAACUGUCUGGUCAUUCCGGCUAUCUGUCGUGCUGUCGAUUUGUUAAUGACAGAAAAAUCAUCACUUCAUCUGGCGAUAUGACCUGCAUGAUGUGGGAUAUUGAGACGGGCUCUAAAGUCACCGAAUUUGCAGACCACUUGGGCGAUGUGAUGAGCAUCAGCAUCAACCCAACCAAUGCAAAUAUUUUUGUCAGCGGUGCAUGCGACGCCUUCGCCAAGUUAUGGGAUGUGCGAACCGGAAAGGCUGUCCAAACAUUUGCGGGACACGAAUCUGACAUAAACGCCAUUCAAUUCUUCCCGGAUGGAAAUGCCUUUGGAACCGGAUCUGAUGAUGCUUCGUGCAAGCUUUUCGAUAUCAGAGCAGACCGGGAGCUGAUGUCCUAUCAGAAUGAACAAGUCCUCUGCGGCAUCACGUCUGUCGCUUUCUCCGUUUCCGGUCGAUUGCUCUUCGCCGGAUACGAUGACUUCGAAUGCAAGGUCUGGGAUACUCUACGUGGCGAUAAAGUCGGUUCCUUGAAUGGUCACGAGAACCGUGUCAGCUGCCUUGGUGUUAGCAACGACGGGAUCAGCUUAUGUACUGGCUCAUGGGAUUCUCUUCUCAAGAUCUGGGCUUGGUGA